UCUACCUGGACACAGUGAGGAUGAUGGCUGGCUACCUGAUCAGCCUAACAUGGGUGUUUCUGCUGGCUCUCUGCUGCACGCCUACACCUGCUCAUUCUGAAAACGUUGGGAGGUUCAGGAGCAGUAAGACUCCGGCUCCUCAGCCUCAGUAUGCACCAGUAUUUGGUGGUGGUGGGGGCUUUGCUGCUGGAGGUGUUGGUGCGACGAGACCCAACUCGGGAGCGAUAGUACACAACCCCUACAGUAAUUACCGACCACCAGUGGUGUUUGGCCCUAGACCUAGACCACGGCCCACCUGGUACUACAACCAGUACAACCAACACCAGAACCAGCCUUAUUGGUACUAUAGUGGAUAGAUCUAAUACCAAGGCCCCAUGGUUACUACCAGUAGGGCUACUAGUACCACCGAUAGUUCAACUAGUAUUGAGAGCUACACCACACCUCCCAGCAGAGUGAAAUAAGUAUAACAUAAUGUUGAAACGGCACAAGGAUGAGUCCUGUUGUGUUUAUCUUAACCUUAUGAGGGUCGACUUGAACAAAUCAUUUAAAAGAAUGGCCUAACUUAAUCUUCUAUGGUCCAGUUUAUAAAAUUUCUAAUAGUGAGGCUUAGCUUUAAUAUUAAGAAAUAAUCUAAGCUAACCAUCCCGCGUGGUUUUCUAGUUAUACAUUUUAAAAAGGUCCACCAUCCAGCAGAGUUAUCUCUCAUCAUCCUCUCACAGCUGCAUGCUUUUAGUCGUCACGGAGAAUAAUUGUUAAGUUUUGUCUUAAGUCUUUUGAUAAAGUUUAGCGUUUGUUAUAGAGUCUGUCUGCACACCUUAAUUCUUUUAUUAGGUAAAUACUUGUUUCUUAAUGUUUAUGUUAAUGCAAUUGUA